AUGGCCAUGACAUCCUCUGCUCAUCCCAACUCCUCUGCACAAUCGCAACGCACUCUUUCCUCCGAGACGACCAUGGAACUCCCCAAGGAGCAGCAUGCUACCCUCGUCGACGAGACUGCCAGCCUCGAAGCUCUGCAACAAACACCCACCAGAGAUGAUGAGCUAUACAAGCCAAAGACUCUCAAAUUUUGGCUCGUUUUUCUUUCCACCUUUACUUCCAUGUUUUUGGUCGCCCUUGAUCGCACCAUCAUUGCCACGGCCGUUCCACGAAUCACCGAUGACUUUGGGAGCCAGGCUGAUAUUGGUUGGUACGGCUCGGCUUACAUGCUGACUACGGCCGCGUUCCAGCUGCUUUUUGGCCGCAUCUACAGCUUCUACGACCUCAAGUGGACGUUUUUGAUCGCCAUUGUCCUCUUCGAGAUUGGAUCCGCCAUCUGCGGUGCCGCACCUUCAUCGACCGUCUUCAUUGUUGGUCGUGCCAUUGCUGGUCUAGGCUCCGCCGGUAUUAUGACUGGUGCCAUGAUGACCAUCAUUCCUUUGGUCCCUCUCCACAAGCGGCCCAUGUUCCAGGCAAUGUUUGGCAUGGUCUUUGGCGUCGCUUCUGUUGCCGGGCCCUUGAUUGGUGGCGCCUUCACAGAGCGUGCUACCUGGCGCUGGUGUUUCUACAUGAACCUACCCAUCGGCGUUGUCGCUUUCAUUCUCCUCUACAUUUUUGAAUUCCCAAAAACAAAAAUGAUGGACCUGCCUCAGAAACAAAAGCUCAUCAGACUCGAUCCCGUUGGCACAACCCUCUUCAUCCCCACCGUCGUCAGCCUCUUGCUCGCGCUCCAGUGGGGCGGAUCUACUUACUCCUGGAGCAACUGGCGCAUCAUUGUCCUUUUUGUCUGUUUUGCUGUUGGCGCUGUUGCCUUUGCCACAGUCCAGUAUAAGAUGCCCAAGUCUGCCUCUCUUCCUUGGCGCCUGAUCAAGCAGCGCACCAUGGCUCUCGCCACUUGCGUUAUGCUGUUUUUGGCUGGCAGCAUGAUGAUGCUCGUUUACUACAUUCCCCUUUGGUUCCAAACGACUCAUGGCGUGGAGCCUGUCAAGUCCGGCAUAUACACCAUCCCGCUUGUUCUGAGUCUCGUUGUUGCCUCCAUCAUGUCUGGGAUCAUCACUCAAAAGAGCGGCUACUACAUUCCCACCAUGGUUUCUGGUCCUUGUCUUUUGCUCAUUGCUGAGGGCUUGCUCACGACUUUUACUCCCCAGACUGGGUCGCCUCACUGGAUCGGUUAUCAGUUCCUCGCUGGUUUCGGCGUCGGUCUUGGCUUUCAAGGUCCUCCCCUGGCAGUGCAGGCCACUGUUGACAAGGACGAUGUUGCGACUGGUACGGCAAUCUGCUUUUUUGCCCAGCAGCUCGGUGGUGCCAUCUUUGUGUCUGUCGGCCAGACCAUUCUCAGCACAGCCCUCGUUACUCGCCUAUCAGGAAUCCCCGGUCUAGAUCCUGAUAAGAUCCUCAAAACCGGAGCCACACAGCUACAUAAUGUUGUCCCUCAACAAUAUUUUGGUCAAGUUGUAGAUGCCUACAACUAUGCCGUCACGCGCAUAUUCAUCGCCUGUCUGGCCAUCACCGCUGCUCAAUUGCUUUCGUCUCUUGGCAUCGAGUGGAAGUCUAUCAAACCGGCAAAAGCAAAGACUGCCGAUCCCGAAGAGCAAACAGAGGUCAAGAAUUGA